AUGGAGGAGCUGGUGGUGGAGGUGCGGGGCUCCAAUGGCGCUUUCUACAAGGCAUUUGUAAAGGAUGUUCAUGAAGAUUCAAUAACAGUUGCAUUUGAAAACAACUGGCAGCCUGAGAGGCAGAUUCCCUUCCAUGAUGUGAGAUUCCCACCACCUGUAGGUUAUAAUAAAGAUAUAAAUGAAAGUGAUGAAGUUGAGGUUUAUUCCAGAGCAAAUGAAAAAGAGCCUUGCUGUUGGUGGUUAGCUAAAGUGAGGAUGAUAAAGGGUGAGUUUUACGUGAUAGAGUAUGCAGCAUGUGAUGCUACUUACAAUGAAAUUGUCACGAUUGAACGUUUGCGAUCGGUGAAUCCCAACAAACCUGCCACAAAGGAUACUUUUCAUAAGAUCAAACUGGACGUGCCAGAAGACUUAAGACAAAUGUGUGCCAAAGAAUCGGCACAUAAGGACUUUAAAAAGGCAGUCGGCGCAUUUUCUGUAACUUAUGAUCCAGAAAAUUAUCAGCUUGUCAUUUUGUCCAUCAACGAAGUCACCUCCAAGCGAGCACAUAUGCUGAUUGACAUGCACUUUCGGAGUCUGCGCACUAAGUUGUCCCUGAUACUGAGAAAUGAAGAAGCCAGUAAGCAGCUGGAGAGUUCAAGGCAACUUGCCUCAAGGUUUCAUGAACAGUUUAUCGUACGAGAAGAUCUGAUGGGUCUAGCUAUUGGUACACAUGGUGCUAAUAUUCAGCAAGCUAGAAAAGUACCUGGGGUCACUGCUAUUGACCUAGAUGAAGAUACCUGCACAUUUCAUAUUUACGGAGAGGACCAGGAUGCAGUAAAAAAGGCUAGAAGCUUUCUUGAAUUUGCUGAAGAUGUCAUACAAGUUCCAAGGAACUUAGUAGGCAAAGUAAUAGGAAAAAAUGGAAAACUGAUUCAGGAGAUUGUGGACAAGUCAGGAGUUGUAAGAGUGAGAAUUGAGGCCGAAAAUGAGAAAAAUGUUCCACAAGAAGAGGAAAUUAUUCCACCAAAUUCCCUACCUUCCAGCAAUUCAAGGGUUGGACCUAAUCCCUCAGAAGAAAAGAAACAUUUAGAUAUAAAGGAAAACAGUGCCCAUUUUUCUCAACCUAACAGUACAAAAGUCCAGAGGGGUAUGGUACCAUUUGUUUUUGUGGGAACAAAGGACAGCAUCGCUAAUGCCACUGUUCUUUUGGAUUAUCACCUGAACUAUUUAAAGGAAGUAGACCAGUUGCGUUUGGAGAGAUUACAAAUUGAUGAGCAGUUGCGACAGAUUGGAGCUAGUUCUAGACCACCACCAAAUCGUACAGAUAAGGAAAAAGGCUAUGUGACUGAUGAUGGUCAAGGAAUGGGUCGAGGUAGUAGACCUUACAGAAAUAGGGGGCACGGCAGACGCGGUCCUGGAUAUACUUCAGCUCCAACAGAGGAAGAGAGGGAGAACUUCCUGCGCAGAGGAGACGGACGACGGCGUGGAGGCGGAGGAAGAGGACAGGGAGGAAGAGGGCGCGGAGGAGGCUUCAAAGGAAAUGAUGAUCACUCCCGAACAGAUAAUCGUCCACGCAACCCGAGAGAGGCUAAAGGAAGAACAGCAGAUGGAUCCCUUCAGAUCAGAGUUGACUGCAAUAAUGAAAGGAGUGUCCACACUAAAACAUUACAGAAUACCUCCAGUGAAGGUAAUCGGCUGCGCACGGGUAAAGAUCGUAACCAGAAGAAAGAAAAGCCAGACAGCGUGGAUGGUCAGCAACCACUCGUGAAUGGAGUACCCUAAACUGCAUAAUUCUGAAGUUAUAUUUCCUAUACUAUUUCCGUACUUCUUAUUCCAUGUUAGAAAACUUUGUUAGGCCAAAGACAACUAGUAGGCAGGAUGGCGCAGGGCAUGACAUGAACACAAAUUCUGUUGAGACUUUUUAUUUUUUUGUUAUUGGCCAUGAGCAACAAUUUUCAGAUUUGCACAAAAAAUAUAUUGAAUUUUGAAAUAUUGCUUUGAAGUAUACUUAGCACUUCAGGACAAGAUUUUAGUUAGUUUUUUUUUUUUUUUUUAAGUACUGAGCAGUGAUAUUCUUUCUUAAUUUGGACCAUUUUCCUGCAAUGACUGAUAACUUACCAAUACAUUUCAGUUUUUCUGAAUAAAAAGCAUUUAUGGUAAUCGUACUGGACUUCUGUUUUCAAUCUCAUAUAGAAGUCUCCAUGAAAUGCUAUGUCAUUUCAUGUCCUGUGUCAGUUUAUGUCCUGGUCCACUUUUCCAGUAUUUUAGUGGACCCUGAAAUGUGUGUGAUGUGACAUUUGUCAUUUUCAUUAGCAAAAAAAAGUUGUAUGAUCUGUGCCUUUUUUAUAUCUUGGCAGGUAGGAACAUUAUAUUUGGAUGCAGAGUUCAGGGAAGAUAAGUUGGAAACACUAAAUGUUAAAGAUGUAGCAAAACCCUGUCAAACAUUAGUACUUUAUAGAAGAAUGCAUGCUUUCCAUAUUUUUUUCCUUACAUAAACAUCAGGUUAGGCAGUAUAAAGAAUAGGACUUGUUUUUGUUUUUGUUUUGUUGCACUGAAGUUUGACAAAUAGUGUUAUUGAAGGGAUGUGUAAUUUUUCUGUAUAGACAGGAGAAGAAAUAACUCUCUUUUCAUUUGCGAGAGGUGAAACUGUUUUCAGGUAGGUCGACUGUUCAGAGGAUCAUGCCUGCUCUUUGGCCUGAUGACCAAUUUUAACGUAGAGACUUUUUUAUUUUAUCCUCCCCAGGUUUUGUGAAUUUUUUAUAUUUUAAUUUGAAGCUUGUUUCGGGGAGAUAGGAAGGUAAUUUCCAUGUGUGUAUAAUAACCCUGUGAAGUACAGGUACUUUGUCUAAGAAACAUUGGAAGCAGGUUAAAUGUUUUGUAAAGUUUGAAAUAUAACGUCUAAUGUAUAAGCAGAAUUGGAAAGCAGACUAGGAUUGAUUAACAAAUAAUCCUUUUUUUUAUUAUUUUGGGGGUCUUUUUUUUUGACGUGUUGGGUUUCAGUUUUGUUUUUGAUUUUUUUUAAUGAAUGAAAUUUACUGAGGAAAAAAUAUGUGAAGGACCUUCACUCUAAGAUGUUAUAUUUUUCUUAAAAAAUAACUCCGAGUAGGGGUACCACUGAAUCUGUACAGAGCCGUACAAACUUAAGUUCUGCCUCUGAUGUAUUUUGUGAGUUUGUUUUUUUGAAUUUUCAUUUUACAGUUACUUUUCCUUGCGUACAAAUAAGCAUAUAAAAAUGGCAACAAACUGCACAUGAUUUAACGAAUAUUAAAAAGUCUUUUAAAAGUAUUGCCAAACAUUAAUGUUCAUUUCUAGUUAUUUAUUUUGGGAAUGUAUAGAUUUUGAAAACAAAUUGGUACCUUGCACACAUCACCUGUAAGCUGUUUGGUUUAAAAUACUGUAGAUAAUUAACCAAGGUAGAAUGACCUUGUAAUGUAACUGCUCUUGGGCAAUAUUCUCUGUACAUAUUAGCUACAACAGAUUGGAUUUUAUGUUGACAUUUGUUUGGUUAUAGUGCAAUAUAUUUUGUAUGCAAGCAGUUUCAAUAAAGUUUGAUCUUCCUCUGCUAAAUUGAUGUUGAUGCAAUCCUUACAAAUGAUUGCUUUUAAAAUUUUAAGAUAGGAAAAGAAAUCUAGAAAGUGUUCUGUUACAAAAUUUAACUGUUACUAUUGGAAGUUUCACAUGUCAUAGGAAGUUAGCUGUUCUCUACCAGUUUUCAAGAACUUAAUAUUGUUUAAGAAAGUGAAAAAAAAAUCAACAAAAUGGCACAAGAACAUACUGUGCCAUCAUAAUAUGCACUAAGUCUAUUUUUUACAAAGGCUGAAUUCAGCAAGGCGCUAACUUGCUUAAAUGUGAAUUACUAAUUUCUGAAACUAAUUUGAUUCACAUGUUUUCAAAUGGCAUUGGAGUUGAUUCAUACUACAAUAUUUGUGUGCUAAAUGUGUAUGUUUUUCAGUUCAAAGUCAUGAUGUUUUUAAAAUCUUAUUAAAGUUUAAAAAAUCUAAAGAUUGUUUAUCUAGAUGUAAAUUUUUAUUAAAAAGUUGCACUUAUGAAAA